AUGAGGGACCAUGACUGCCCCGCGCAGGCCGGCCUCGGCAGCACCGCCCGCAGGGAGGCCUUAGUGGCAGCAGUUGCCGCCACCUGGGACCCGAGGCCACGCCCCUUCCGCGGUCUGGCCCGCCACUCUAGGAGCGGAGUGCCUGGCCACACGCAGGUUCACACAUCCUUUGGAUGGGGAACAUCCGCAGACGCUUCCCAUCCAAGCGUCCGCACUGGAGGGCGCGCGGCCGGCCUGGGCGCGGUGCAGGCAGUUGGCCGAGGCUCAGCCGACGCCAUGGAGGCCGGGGGAGCGGCGCUGCUGCUUUUGUGGCUGAGCUGCAGAUGCUCCGCGGAGUGGAGGCUCUGGAAAAUAACAGUACCAAUGUCAAAAGAUGAUAUGAUUAAGGAAAUUAAAGGAAACAAUGUGGCUUUUCAAAAUUGCUUUAUUGGGAAUAGUUUGUUUCUGCUGACUUUUCCUUUGGUGCUGGAAUCUGAUAUUCCUGGUUAUGUAUCACUCUCUUUACCAGCUGGUAGUCAAGUGACGUAUAAUUGGAAUACCUGCAUGCCUUCAUUUGUUGUUUUGGUAACUGACGUAGAGACCUAUCAAACAAACGAUUCAUUCCAUACUUGGUCAAAGCUUAGGGUGCCCCCAGGCAUUCUGAGUGACCAUCAAAGACAAAAAGUAACACAAGUGACCCUAUUACAGGACAGUAUAUUUUUUCUAAUAGAUGGUGGUCUUUAUCUAAAAGAGUCUAGGACUUUUAUUAAACUAGGAAGAAAUGUAAACCUUCCUGAUGAUAGAAUUAUUGGUAUUUCGUCAAGAAGAUGGUGCUGGAUCCUCUAUCUACACAAGUCUGAAAAAAAGCCAAGUGAUAUAGCAGUCUGGACAGAAAAUGGAGUUUACCUUGGCUACAAAAGAAAGAACCAAUCAAGCAAUUCAUUUAGAUUUGAGCAACUAGUUACUACUACAAAACUGAAACAUCUUUUACAUCUCCCAACAGUUUCUGCUUUGACUGUGCACUAUGUUGAGUAUACAGUACAUCCUGUGGAACUAUCUAUAUUUCUAAAUUGCUAUACCACAAAUGCUCCCAACAAAACGAUUUUUCUGGUACUGCAUAAUGAAGAUUCAAAACGAUGGAUAAUACAAGACUUUUCCUUAGUUGUCCCUAUAGACACUUCUUUAGUUCCACGUUAUAUAUAUUCAGCAUCACCAGAAUUACUAUUAUGGGACAAACACAGAGUCUAUUAUUGUUACAAUAAUUUAACAGAGACUGGGGUUUUACAAACACGUACAGGAGAAAGAAAUCUAUCAAGAAUUGCAAAGGACAGCACUAUUCAUUAUGUUUACUUAGAUUAUUUUGGAAAUAUUAUCAUAAAAAUGGAAAAUAAUAUAAUGUUUCACACCAAGCCUGGUGUUAAAGAUGUAAUACAGCUACAUGCAUGGACAAAUAAGACAAUUAAAACAUUACUUGCCUCAACUUUUUUUGGUAAUUUUUAUAUUGUAACCAGUGUUGAAAAUGGUGUGUUACACAUACAGUCAUACCCUUUAAAAGUGGAAUUACAAAGUGUAUAUUUUAAGUAUGGUGAAACUUGUCCCUACAUUGCAUUUUAUAGUAGUCUUGUUGGCAUUUCUUUCACAUUGGACAAGAAAGAGAUCUUAUCAUUUUGGGCUCAAGUUAUUUAUCCAGAAAAUACUGGCAUUUUCAUUAUUAUGGAAUCCUAUGGUCCAAAUCUAUUAGAAGUGAAGAAAGAGGUGAAAAAUGAAGUUGUCUUAGGAUACUGCACUAAAACCCUGCCACCUAAUGGCACUGUGGAAGAACAUCCUGAUGUUCCUAAAGAUUACAGGCAAGAAAAUUCUGUGGCACCCAGUUCUGUUCUAAACCAGACCACAGGUCUUAUGAUUUUUGAUGUCCGGCCUAGUAAAUAUUCAAAAGCAUGUACAACAUCUGAAAAGGUGUUCCAAGUGAUUAUUGGCUGCGAUCCCGAGAAAUACAUCGCUGUUAAAGGAUUUUCUAGAAAAAAAUGCUCUCAUCCCGAUUUUUCUUAUGUGAUUGAAAAGUCAUAUCUGAGGCAUCAACCACUUGAAGACUUGAAAGUCAGGUAUGAUACAAGUCUAUAUGGAUGCCUAUGGAGACUGGAUUUCAGAAGAGAAUUUCAGCCUGUCCUUCAAUUGUUUGAUCGAAAUGGAUUUAUUGAAGAUAUUAAAGUAAAUUUUAUAGUGUGGGAGAUACAUGGAAGAAAUGAUUAUGCCUAUAAUACGACUAUGAAGAAGGGUGGAUGUUUAAAUGAAGCACAAACAUGGAACUCAAUGAUUGAGCUUAAUAAGCACCUCCCAUUACACAAGGCUUGGGGACCUGAGAACUAUAAGCAUUGUUUUUCUCAUGCUGUUGGAAAACCAGGAGACUUGAAUCAACCAUAUGAAAUUAUUAACAGCUCUAAUAAUAACUACAUAAUUUGGCCAUUGGACCAUUCUGGAAUAUAUGUAUUUUCUGCAAAGAUCCUGGACCCAAACUACAGCUUCUGCAACCUAACAACUAUAUUUGCAAUAGAGACCUUUGGAUUUAUUUCCAGACCAAGUGGCUACCUGGUAGCUUCUUUUCUCUUUUUCCUAAUGCUACUGUUCUUCAGUGUUUUGGUUUUGAGCUACUUCCAGUAUAUGAAGAUUUAUAGAACAUAUAUUUAUGAACCACUUCACAAAACUCAAAGAAAACAAAAGAAAUUGUAG